AUGUAUCUCCACGACCUUCUUCCUUUGUUUGUCGACCACUAUGAUGUGCAGAUGGUUAGCGACCAGAAGUUUGUCUGCCAUCUGAGGGUGGAUCCCAGCAGCUCUCAGCUCUUUAAAGAUCAGUUUGUGUCUCUGAGCUGUGAGGAGGACGACAGCUCUGCUGGAUGGACUCUGAGGAGAAACACAACCAAAAAACAGAGGACUCGGUGUGGAGCUGGGUUUGGAAAACCUGCUCGUUCUUCAUGUACCAUCAGCUACAUCGACCCACUGGACAGUGGAGUUUACUGGUGUGAGUCCAGAGAGGGUGCCAUCAGUAACAUGGUUAAGCUCACAGUCUCUGGUGGAUCAGUGAUCCUGCAGAGUCCUGUCCUCCCUGUGAUGGAGGGAGAUGACGUCACUCUGCUCUGUCAAACAGAGACCACUCCCUCCAACCUCCCAGCUGCUUUCUAUAAAGAUGGCUCCCUCAUCAGGAAGCAGCCUACAGGUCACAUGACCAUCCAGCAUGUUUCCAGGUCUGAUGAAGGCCUCUACAAGUGUGACAUCAGCGGUCAUGGAGAGUCUCCAUCCUCUGUAUCAUGGUUCUACUGGUGUUACUGGUUCUCCUACAGAGAUGUGUUUGUAAAGAACCUGAAGCAUCAGAGCCUAUUUCUGGGAAAUGUGCCUACAUCAGUGGGGAAAAUCCUGCGCGUUUGCGUGAAGCAUUUCAAGGACGAGUUCUUCAGCAGCCUCCGCCAGUAUGAAGAGGGAUUUGCCGAAAAAACUUCCUCUGAUUGA